AUUUUGAAAGAGCUGAUUAUUUUCGCUGGAUGUGAUGUGAAUUCGAAAAGGGAACUGUAUUUUUAUUGACUUUUUCGAUCAAGUAAGUUUAUGAAAUGUGAGUAUUUUUGUACAGAAGAUAUCAACAUUGUACAGCGAGACCUUAAGAUUUUAAUUAGCAGUUAAUUCAAAACCCUCACUUUUCUACAUGUGCUGCAUUUUGCCCGUCAUUCAGUUAAGCUUGUGUUCCCCUCGGGAUUCGAGAACAACAACUGAACAAAGUUUGAUCAUCGGUGGCAGAUUACAAGCAAAAAACUUUGUUUUGAUAAUAAUUUUGUUUCUGGUUUGUAAAGAAAGGGGCCGUCAACAUAUUCACUUUUUCUCUGCUUAUUAAAACGUUAACUGGAAGUUAAGAUCAUACCACCCACCCCAACGUCCCCCACCCCUCCCUCCUUUCUUAUAACGUCCUUUUGUAAUACAAUUCUGCUGCUCCAAAAGUCACUGCAUUCCAGAAGGAAUACUGACAUGCACUGAUGUGAAAAUGUCAGUGGUAUCAACACAUUUAACUGCUUUAAAAAUGUGGUAGAAACUUCAUACUCCGAAUUAUGCUUUCUCCUAGCUGUUCUCUUGCAAAAUCUGCAUAUCUGCUCUUUCCUAUUGAUCCUUGUUAUUUCCUUCUACAUUUGUACAUUACGGCAUUCAGAGGUCAAAUCCAGGAUUGCUGGUACAUGGCAGCCUUUUACAAAAAUGCCCUGCACUAAUGUCCACUACCUUACCCCCUCCCCCCCUUCCCAAAUGUCCAGUUGACGUUAAGUAGGGAAAGAGAGAAUAUGUUGACAGCCCAUAACCAGGGUGCAAAGAAAGUUGGCUUUACAGCUUGCCACUUGGGCAAGUUGUUGCUAGUAUGUACACUGUUCUAGCCCAAGAAUCUCUUAAGUAGCCCCCAAAUUCUUUUGAUGAGCAGCAUUUAUUACAGUUCCUCUGUAAUUUGAAUUUCCCAAAAAAACUUCACUUACCCUUCAGGCAAGUUAAGAACAGAAUUCGCUAGCCUGAUUGCAAAAUCCACUAGCCCUGGGCUAUCAGACACAACUUUCUUUUCACCCUGCCUAAUGGAUAAAAACCAUGCAAUUGCUGGAAUCAGCAAAGGUCAGAUGAGAAAAUUGUGGAGGAAGGGGUGAGGGGAAAAAGGAAGAGAGAAAAACUGCCCGCAUUCAUCCCCAGUUUAUGGUCAUUUUGCCCUGGUUACCUAGCCCCUUUAUUCUAGAAUGCAUUAUAUUAUAUUUGAAGCACGCUUGUUUUAGUUUAUGGCGUACAGAACAAGGAAUAUAACUUUAUUUUGCAGUUUAAUACCAAAAAAAUGCCCUCAUGUGAGUUAGAAGUUUGUGACAUUGAAGAUGCUGUGAAGAAGGAUGAUCUCACUCCAAAUGAUCGUAUCACAAAACGUGAUGCUGUACUUCCCAAGGCAAGAGCAAGAUCAGCAAAAAAUGGCUGUAUUGAGUCACCAGUUGGAGACAGCAUUAUCCCUGGUACACAGAAAAUUUAUAUCAAAACUUGGGGAUGUUCUCACAAUAACAGUGAUGGGGAAUAUAUGGCAGGCCAGCUAGCUGCUUAUGGAUAUAAAAUCACAGGUAAUUUUGUCAUAAUGAUAAUUAACAAUUAUUCCAGGAGGGCGCGUUGGAUAUGAGAUGAUAGAUAGCCAACGAGGCGCAUAGCGCCGAGUUGGCUAUAAUCAUUUCAUAUCCAACAAGCCCGAGUGGAAUAAUUGUUUUAUUAAAAACGCCCACAAAAUUUUGUUGAAUCGCCCCGACUAGAACAAACCGGAAAAGACAAGGGACUUCCGCUAUUGACAUGUCACACGUCUAUCAAAACUGUCAACGCGCGAACGGACUCGCCUAGACUGCAUGAAUGAAAAAUCAAAACAUUGUGCGAUGAACAUUAGUUUUUUAAAAACUCAUUGUGAUUCUAGGAUUUUACACAGCAGAACAGCUUAAAAAACCUGGCAGAUAAUGUGAAGGAAAGGAAUUUUUAAGUGACAGCCGUCGAAAUUACUAUGAAUUUGGAUUUUCGAUGCAGUUAUAAAAGUAAGAACAACGGAGAAAAACUACCGGUAUUACCUCGGUCACUUGUUAUGAAGUUGUUUGAAGCCACAAGUUGGUUUUGCUGAACGAGAAAAGAAGCUAUACUGCCACCUCGAUUGCUCUAGUGAAUGGCUGCAUAGCCUGUAUUUGUAGCUGGUUACUUGUGAUUUAUAUUCUUGAUGUCGGAUAAACAAGCUGCAGUUAUCUUUCGGCGAGUGACUCGAUCGGCGAAUGGCUUUGCGAUCAUGAAGAAACAACACUUGUCUUCUUUCGUAGCUGGUCAAGGUACCUUAGUUCCAUGUGUUUUCAUGUGUUUUUCGACAAACUUUCAAAUAAGCUCUUGUGGCUUUUUUGUUUGAUUUUGUCUUUUUUCUUUCGUUGAAAUUGCAUUUCUAGUAUUCUAAGAAAUGAAUUAAAAUGAUUUGCUUCGGGCGCCGUUCUAUCCUUCGCGAAAAAAAAUCUCAGCUAGCUUCUAAUUUUAAACUGACGCGUACACCGACCAUAUAUGGAGAACAUGGUAUAUUAGCUCAUAUACCAUAACGGCUAAGCCAAUCAAAAUGCUAGAAUUGCAUUAUCCAAUGAUUCAGUUUUUAAUAAUUAUUAUUAUAAUGAUAAUGAAGAAACACUUGGUAAUUAUGACUACUUUCUAGCUGUGUUAAUGAGUUGAUGGAUCACCACUUUAAAAAAGGAAUAAGACAUGUAUUCUCAAAUUGCCUUUUGUGUAAUAAUAAAAAAUUAUGCUUUUUGUAAACCUCACUUUUGCAUUAUCUUUUGUGUACAGUUUGCACAUGCAAUGCACCAGUUUGACGAACAUUAAAUUUUGGAUACGCAUUGGCAGCAUGCAAAGGCAGUUGUGCUAAUGUUCUCCUUUGACUUGUUUGUGUAGUUGUACACUGUACCUGUGUAUUUUGAAUUUGAAGUUCAGAAGUGUGGCAAUGAGAGAAGUGAGUUGGAAGGACUCUUUAAUCACAGAUAAUUAUAAAGCUACAUGUCCUAGUGCAAGCUUUGUGCAAAUACAAUAUACAUGUACCCUAAAGAAACAAAAUAUUAUUUAAAAAAUGAAAUUCAAAAUUUUUGUAUUAAUAUUUAUGUUAUGUUGGUACCUUAAAAUAGUCAUCUGACUAACAAACCUGAGACCAACAAUGCACUCAUUUUACCCUGGCUCCUCCCCCCUCUCUCUCUUUAUCAGUGCUCUGUUUUUCUGGUAUUUAAAGCUAUUUAAAGCUACUCUGUACUGAGGAAAGACACCAACUGUGCCAAUUCUUCCUUUUCUAAAUUCUCUUGUGUCAUAAGAUUGUAAAAACAAAAAAUGCUGGAAUAACUGUACAUUGUAUGGCAGUUCGUGUCAAGAACAAAAGAUAAUUGCCCCAUUUCAUUUCCUAUUGGCUAUAGAAUUGAUGAGGAGAGUUGAUAAUAUUGUCGUUAAAUCCAUCUUGUUUGAUCAUGUCCGUAAUUCUAGCAACCAGUUUUAUUUGCUACAUAUAUGCUAUAUAUAUAGCCUUUGUUGAAAUUUGAUGCUGGUCACUUUGUGUCACUGUGUGAUACUUAAGCCUUUUAUAAACUACAUCAGGGUGAGAAAAAUCACCUCCUCUUAUGGGGAAGUGGUUGCUUAAGUUCACUAGACUACAGGCCUACCAACCACCCUUUACUACAUAACUGUGUCUACUGUAUUUUAUAGCUGUAAAAUCUAUUUUUUGUCACCAGAUGAUUCAGAAGCAGCUGACCUGUGGCUGCUCAAUAGCUGUACAGUAAAGAAUCCUUCAGAGGAUAACUUUAGAAAUGCAAUCAAAAGAGCACAAGAGCUUGAUAAACACUUAGUUGUCGCAGGUUGUGUUCCUCAAGGUCAACCCAAGCACCAAUCCAUCAAAGGCAUCAGUGUGAUAGGGGUAGGUUUGUGUGUACUUCAUGUAUGUGUGUUGUGUGAAUGUUAAUUUUAUGUUUCACAGGGGUUUCAAUAAGCACCGAUGACCAAUGAAACACGUUGACUACUUUUGUUAGAGAAGUCAGUUACUUCUUUUGCAAAAGAAGAAGCAACUAGCAAUCGAAAUGCGUAGCCUGAUAUAAACACAAGAGGGGUUGGGAGAAUUCAAGACAGUUAUGCAAACCCAAGACGAAGUCAUAACAGUUGAGAAUUCUCCCAACCCCUCUUAUGUUUAUAUCAGGCUAUUAUAGGAAAAAAGUUGGUUUUUUAUUACUUUCAUAAAUUAACUUUCCCAAAAAAACGCAAAACUCUUUGUUAUGGCACUGAUUAAAAGAGAAAUUCUUACCAGUCGCGAAGUCUUGUACAUAAAGUCUGGCACACGAAAUCUUGCACACGUAAGCAGUUCUUGUUUUGCAAAAAAGAUGAUUCCAAAAUACAAAUUUUCUCAUUUAAAAUGUCAACUUAAGUGAUAAAAAGUGACACAGCAGGUUUGUAAAGAUUUUCCAAGUUUCAGCGGACCAGGAAAUGGUAAAUUAAAGUAAACUUGUUGAAUUUUCAGCUCAAAUACUUUUUCAAAUUUGUGCUUGUGUGAUUAGCACCCAAAAAGCAAAACAUCUUGAUGUCAUAACAAUGUUUACAUACUCUCGUGCAAACAAGCAUCUCGGCCAAUCAAAGUGUGCAUACUAUCUUAGUUAUUUUAAUAAUGUUGUAAACAAUUAAUAUAUCAUAAAAUAUCAGUGAAAGCUUGUUAUGACGUGUUUUCUAAUUCACAAAGAACCACUGGGUUUAUUGUUUGCUUUGUCAGUUGGUUAUGUGAAUGAUGUACAUUUCAGUCAUUUUUUCACACGUUUCUGUAGGGAUUUAUGCAGGAUUUGUUCAUGUGCAAAACUGUAAGCUGAUAAUCGGCUGUUUAGUAUCGUUAACGCUUUUCAGAUGACAAACAGUUGUCAUCAGAUUUAUUGCACUGUACUUUCACACAAUGUUACGUAUUAUAUACCGUAAAUUUACAAGUUGGCAGUGAACUUUGUUUAAAGAUCGCCUGAAAGAGUUUUGAUUGUCCUAUUGGGUGAUUCCAGAAAAUAUCCAUACCCUACCACGGGUGGCAUGAGUAUUUUAACCCCCCCUUGCCCUCGGAAGUUCCAAAAUGCUUAUCCCCCCCUUGCCCUCCGAAUUCCAAAAUCGCUAACCCCCCCUCUCCUCCGGAAUUUUCCACUUUUGUUUCAGACCCUUUGGAAUUCCUGUUCGUGUGCCUAAAUCUUCAAACGAGCGAGAAACUUGCACUUUUUCCCUCUGCAAAAGAAUUCUGUUCACAAUUUUUAGUCAGACGAUCGAGCAACUCAAGUUUGUUAAUGAAUGAAAAGUAACUAGGUAUUGUAAUUUUUUUAGGUAAACCUCUUACCGAAUCUUCCAGUUCUAUUGGCAAAUAUACGUCCAUUUAAGGAUAUCAGCUCCUGGAAUAAAUAGUUAUUUCGAGGAAAAAUAACUAUUUAGAACUGAAUGAUCAAAUGAUCUUGCGCAUAAACAGUUUUGAAUUAAACAGCGCAUCAAAAGGCACGCUGUCGGAUUUUACUACCUACAUGUUGGCGUGAAAAUCGGCGUGAAAUACAAAAUUUGUCAGGCGUUCUAUUUGGAAACGAGAGACUGGUGCGAGUUUUCAGCACGCAACAACACAUCGUCGAUCGACAAUCGGCGAGAAACACCGACUUGGUUAUAUUUUUAUUAAUCAGUUGACUAAUUCAUCAUCUUUAAGGCCUCUUCGAUGUGGAGCUUGUUGCAAAAGCCCAUCUGCUUACCCAUCUGCAUGAACGCAUACUUCUUCCGUGGUCGGUUCGUGCUUCAUUUACAAACUGGGAAUGUUAACAGGUCAGCGAUUUCAAGCGGAGCUUUUGCCAUCUUUCCUCUGGAAAUUCACUGAAUUCAGAGCUGAAACACCCCCCCAUGCCUUUGGAAUUCCAAACUGCGUUACCCCCCCAAGUCUUCGGAAUUCCAGUUCAAGAAACCCCCCCUCUCCCUCGGAAUUCCAAGAUGCCGCCCGUGGUAUGGUAUGGAUAUUUUCUGGAAUCACCCAUUGUUUCCUUGAAUGAAGUGAUUUUGUAUGAUACACCAUUAAAAGUGACAGUAGACCACGCCCAGUUAGUAUUUUUUAGUGAUCAGGACUGUAUUAAGUGGCCACCUGUAUUGGCGGCCAGUUGCUCAAGUCCCGAGGGUGGCCGUUAUAUUAUACAGGUUUGACUGUUAUUGAAUUAUCAUUGUUUUUUUGUUAAUUGCUUGAAGGAUUUGGUUGUAUGGCUGUUAAAUCAAAACUUGAAUGUAAGCUACAUUUUUUUUUAAAUUGAAAAACACACUUUGUUGUCCAGCCAGCAGGAAAUCAAAAUUAAUUUUCUAAAGGAGCAUGCUCCCAUACCCCCUGGAAAAAGGGGACUAAUGGCCUCUUGUUGAUACUGUCGGUUAUUCUAAUCAAACCUGCUGGCUACUUCAAUUUUUGUCAAAACAGCCGGUUUCGAAUUCAGUUUCCCCCCAAAGAGGUAAUGGUAAUGUGGAAUUUAAUGCAUGGCUUGUUUAUGAAAUUCAGAAUUAUGUUGUACUUGGAUCUUACAUGGCAUUGUAAUACUGUUGGACUUCCAUGUAUGACCACCUCUAGUAAACGACCACCUCCCAUAAGUAAAUCCAUUAUAAGAAUUUUUCCAGUCAAAGCCUUGUAAUUGGAACCUCUCAUAAACGACCACCUCUCGUACAAUGUAAGCAACUGUGGCCCCUUUUUAGGAUCAUCCAUUUUGGUUUUAGCAUUUCCCGUUGUUAUUAACCUCUUCCAUGACCAACCACCUGAUACAAUGGUCUGAUCUCUGUGUUCUCUGUAUGUCAGUGAUUUUGUUACAAAUAGUUAUGGCGCCGAGUCCUGGGACUCGUCUUGUGAAAAUAUCAUAAGUCCCAGUCCAGAAACAUUGAAUCCCAGUUCAUAAAACAAUGAUUUCCAGGGUCUUUUGUAACCGCACAGUUAAUCUGAAGACAGACUCUAAAACUCCGUAUUGUUUGGUUCCAGAAAAUGUCCAUACCCUUCCCAGGGAAGACUCUUUUAUUUGCACCCCUGACCUCCCAGGAUUUUCCAUUUCAGGGGGUCUUUGAUGACUUUGAAAAUUUAAAAUUUGCAAUCUUACCUAUCAAAACAGAUAAUCCCCAAGCAGUUGCUUUCUUGGUGUUUUUAGGAAUUGCAUCAUUGAAUAAGGGAAUCAGUCUUGCAUCUCACAAAUUGUCAAACUUUGAGUCAGCCAUAGCUAUUGUGUAAUGACAGUGGUGUGUUGAAUUUACACCACGACUAUUACACCAUGUUAAUGGGGUCAAGGUGGUUGUUUCAUGACAACUCAGUAUCAUGUGACACAGGCUCGGGAAAUUAUAAGGAUUUGGACAAAACGCAAGUUAAAUUAUUCCCUAAUUUCACAAGUAUACCAUUUGAUUACCUAUUAAUAUCAUGGGUGACGAAUUACGUUAGUAAGCAAGGAUUUUUGACUUAUUUAUCCUCCUGGAUCGUAUCGAUUGAUCGUGAACUCCACUCUCAAACGUUUAGAGCUAAAAUUUGGCUUAAGUUUUCAGAAUUUUUCGACAACAUACCUCUAAGAAUCCUUCUUGAUGUGCUCUUUCGUGUUUUCAGGUUUUCCAAAGUGUCUUUUUAUGCCCUGACGUCUUCAUUCAUGACAUUUUAAAACUUCGUCGCCAUCUUGAAACGGAGACGUACGGCAGGUUGCCAUGGCAAUUUAGUAAUUUCACAUGUGAAAUUACAAAUUAACGCAGAAAUUUCGCGCCAAAAUCAAGGAGUAAUUCGUCACCUAUGAUAUUAAGCCAAUUAAACACCGAGUAGAGUCCUCUAGUAACCAUGAGUGCUAUUAGUUAAAGCAUUGUUUGUUUUUUGUGUUUCUCCUCAGGUGCAGCAAAUUGACAGGGUUGUUGAGGUUGUGGAAGAAACAUUAAAAGGUGAAAGAAUUAUUUUUAAGCCCGGGCUGUGCUCUUGCAGUGCCUGCAGGUAGUCCAUGUGGAUUUCUUAAUUGCAUCAGUUUUUUUGGUAAAAAAGUCUACCGUAUGUCAUUUUGGAUUCCCUACCAAUUAUUUUCAUAGAGCACAGCUUUGAAUUGAAAUUAAGCAACAAAUGCCACCGUCCCCCCUUUUUAUGGGCAACACAUUUUGGAAAGAGAAACGAUUGAAGACAGAGGAAAAUUGUUGGGAUCAAACAUUUUAAAUUGUUGUCUAAAGAUAACAAUGCCCGAUUUGCAUGAACUAGGUCUUAAAAUGAGGGAAUGCGAUUUCAAAGAACUUAGCUCUCCCUAGGGUGGGGCCAUGUCCCUCACUCCACUACCCCCAGGAAUGUGCUCUUCUUGGGCAUAUGUUUUGCCUUACUGGCCAUGAAUGGUCCCUUGCCUGCUGAGCUAAAAUUUAGGGAGAAAACUGGGAUUAUAUCUGAGGAACGAUUGCAGAAAAUCCAUACUGGUGACAUGUCACUACCCAUAUCUGGGUAGUGCUUCUGAUUGGUUGUGGCAAAUAUCCCUUACAGCAGGGCCAAUCAGAAGCACUACUCACAUCUGGGUAGUGGUGCAUCAUCAGUAUGGAAUUGCUGCACUUGUUCCUCAGAUGUCAUCUUACAGGUAAACCAGUGGUGGUGUUUCAAAUAUUAAUGUGGUUGGCUUUUUCUCAGGCUAAUAAAAUUUGCAUUGUAGAUGUAACCUAACCCAAGUUAGUAACUUUUGCAAAGCAGCGCAGGUAACCUUGUUCUGCACCAACCAAACCACCAGCAUAAUAACGUAUUGAACUGAGAAGAUGUCUAAGGCUUGUUUCAAUAGUUUCCCUUUCACAGUCUUAUCAUUUGCACAUAAAUACUAUUCAAGAUGGCUAAUAACAAUUAUUAUUUCCCACAAUCCUGUCUAUUUACAGGUCAUACUGUCAGACUACUUGGUCAAAAGAAAAUUAGCGGCAAAAAGGCUGGGGGAGCACCUCUAGAUUUGCCCAAAAUCAGGAAAAAUCCCCUUAUAGAAAUAAUUGCUAUAAACACUGGGUAUGUAAGUAUGUGUAUCAACAACUAGUGCUGAAAAUAAAAUGUGUGGUAAUUAGAGUGACCAUUGGCUGUUGCCAGCCAUAGUUCAAACAGAGUGAUAACUAGAUCUGGCGGCUUCUGGGAGCGGUACAAGUAGAGCUUUGACAGUAUUUUAGUAAAAGUAUUGUUAUUACUUUUCUAAAUACUGUACUAGAUCAAAAGUUUAUGGAACAAAUUAACAACAAUUUUCCAUGGUCUAUAGUCUUAUUGACAACUGAACAGAAAUUAUGUCAAGGCGUUCAAAGCUCAGUUGGAGGCGAGUGGUUUCACUGCAAAGUUGUGAAAAUUUUGACUUCAUUUCUAUGGUCGGUAAGAGUAUAGACAAUAAAAUUGUUGUUGACUUAUUUUUACAAUAACAUUGACAGUUUUUGGUGUUUAUUUUAGUUGAAGUUUCUUGGAAAAUCGGUUUUGCAAGAUAGGUAAAAACUAAAAAUAAUAAAAUAAAAUAUAAAACAAUAACAACAAAAAAAUGCCCCAACAUCACGUCAUUUCUAUGGUCUCCACUAUUCUGGGCCAUUGCUCUCAACCAGUUGACCAGCACACAAGAAAUAACUCAGUUAUUGUAAAAAUAUCAGCUACUGACAAACAAAUCUGACAUCGUGUAGAACUGAUAAGUCUGAAAGAAUUGUUGGUGGUAAUAUUAUUGGUGUGUGACAAAUGCAGACCACAGAUUGCAGACUGGCAGUUAAAUAAGGUCAACAUUGUUGUUAAUUGCUCUAACAGAUUCCCUAUCCCUAAAUUUCAAGUCUUAUAAAAGUGUAGUUUUAGGCACAGGGAAUCUGUUAGAACAUUUUUACGAUAAUGCUUACUUCGUUUACUUGCCAGUCUGCAGUCUGCAUUUGUCGUACACAGUAAUAUUAUUCAAUAUUUAGGUGUCUCAACCAGUGUACAUACUGUAAAACAAAACAUGCACGAGGAGACCUGGGAAGUUAUCCACCAGAAGAAAUAGUGGCCAGAGCUAGACAAGCAUUUGAGGGUAAGCGCUGUAUAAAAUGGUUAAAUGAAUAAAAUAGAAUGAAAUGAAGGAAAUGAAAAGGGGGACUUUACCUGUUUUAUGGUUCUUUAAUAAUUAUUGUGUUUUCCUUAGAUAGAAUUUUUAUUCUGACUUCCUCCUCUUGUUAUUUAAAGGGUUUAUUUGUCAUUUGUUUUAACGCCCAUUAUUAUUUCGAGAGGCACCAAAUAAAUCCUAAUUUAGGCUAGGUAUCAAAAACAUCUUUUGUUUUUGUUUUUGUUUUUGUUUUUUUUCUUCUAAAUACUGGUAGUUUAAGCUACAGUGCAGCUGUUUAUUAUUGUUUUUGUAAAGGCAGAAAUGGCCAAAGUUGUAGACAGUUUCAGAAUAAGAUUCCCAAUCUUUUGGGUAUGUUUGAUGCACUUGACUAGAGUUAAGAGUAUUUCAUACGAUGUGGUUGAUUGAAAUAAACUGUAUUCAAUAGAGGGAGUUGUUGAAUUGUGGUUGACAAGCGAAGACACAGGAGCCUAUGGCAGAGACAUUGGAGUGACAUUACCUGAGUUGCUAUGGCAACUCGUGGAAGUUAUUCCUUAUGGUGGCAUGUUAAGAAUAGGAAUGACAAACCCACCAUACAUCCUGGAACACUUGGAGGUAAAGCAAUUGGUGUUGAUUAAAAGAGGUUAUUAAGGGCUGUCGAAGGCAAAUAGAAUAUUAGUCAACCACCGGAUGGACUGUUUAGGUUGUUUAUCGUUUACAUGGACAAACCGGUUGGUUCACGGUUUGGAUGAAUGGCUAGAAAGAUUCAGGACUGGUAAAUUUCUUCGUGGAAUCGCGUUUAUGAUUUGCACAAAUCAGUUCCAUUUAAAAAUGGUCGACAAGGCCUGAGACUGGAAUUAAAAAUGGUUUUAAAAAAAUGAAACACGAAUUUUCCGUUUAAAACAUUCCGUCCGGAAAAACAGGACUGCCUUUUCAGAUGUUCCGUUGGUCCCGGAAAGUUCGCGCUAAAACGACCCAAAAAGUCGUGUUCCAUGUACUUUCCAACUAGAUUUUCCUGAAACUUUUUGUAUCAUGGUAAACAACCUUACAGUCCUCUAUAUCCCCGUAACAUCAUCGAGACCGAGUGCUUGCUUUAAUACAGCAGUAAGUACUGCGGAGGCUGGCGUCAGGGUUUUAGCAGUGGGAGGAGAAACAGAAGUUUUCGUAGUCGUCGUGGCAGGUUGUAGGUUGUAGGUGAUAGAUCGAUAAUCGUUUUGCCUAGUCUUCUCUUACUGCCGCCAUCCUUGAAGCAUCUCUCACCGUGAACGUUUGACUACCCAUAAAUUUUGUUCUAUUAUAUCGCUAAGAGUCGCUGGAUGAGUAGUUAAAUUAUUAACAUAGACAAUAAAGCAUUUUCUGACUUGAUGUAUUUAUUCCCUAUAGGAAAUGGCUAAGAUCCUUAGUCACCCUCGAGUGUACAGUUUUUUGCAUGUUCCUGUCCAAAGCGCAUCAGACAAUGUGCUCGCAGAUAUGAAAAGAGAAUACUCUGUUGACGACUUCAUGCAUGUUGUUGACUUUCUUAAGGAGAGGUGAGAGUCAGUUUUUGUUACUAGUUUACACCUUGCCAGCAUAGCCUUUCCAGUGCUGACAAUUCUCCGAGAUAAUGCGGGAGACUGUUUUCUCGGUCUUCAGAUUAGAGUCUAAAAUCUUCCGGAUAAUCGCCGAAGUUUGCCAUUUCUCUUUCUGACAAUGAAAUUUCAAAUAUUUGUGUUGUUUGAGCUAUUUUACCGCUAACAUCGAACGUUUCCUCACAAACUCCGGUAUGCCAUUGUAAUAUAGGCAAUAGUGUGAUUAGUGGGAAGUAAGCCAAUCAGGUCAACGCUACAAUUCCAAUAACAUCUUUUUCGCGCUUUUUUUUCACAAAUGAUGUCAUGUGCCGUGCAUUAUGAUGUCAUCUAUCAACCCUUCCCUAUCAAUUCUCAGUAUUUGAAGACGUGGGGUUGAUAGCCCUGCCUUUCUUCCGUUUGCUCGAUUUUGGCGUUCUCGAGAAGACUCUGCAUGAAUAGUCCCUUUCUCGGCUUUUUUGAUCUUUUGACUGGGAGUAGUCUGCGCCGCAGACACUCUAAACCUUCUCGAUGCGUGAGCCGGCUGCAAGCGCAAGCUCACUGGGAGCAGUUAGCGAAAAUUCGUUAACACGGCUGACAAGAACGCUUUUUAAAUAAAAUUAGUAAAAAUGCCAAGCUAACAAAAUUAGCACGUACUUUUAUUUCCCAACUGUUUCCUUGUUUACGUGAGGUAAUUCCUCAAUUCCAGCCACGUUUGUCCCACUUUCCGACAAAGGUAUAAUUUAUGCGUUAUUGAACGGGACCUGCGGAACUCCGUGCAAGAUUUUGAACGGCAAACAGUACUGCAAUCGUAACAGAAUUUGCACGGUUCCGUGUAAAGGGGUUGAACAGGUAAGAAAUUCGUCCCUUUAAAAAUUUGUCCGGAUCCUUGUAAACGGUGUCUUAUACUCCCUAGUGACAGAGUAAAACUGACAUUAAUAUGGGGUACAGUGCAAGCACUGUUUUAUUACUCUUGGCCGUGCUGGUUAACCCUUUCACUGCCAAAUGUGACCAAAGGUAAAUUCAACAAAAAUCCCAAAUUUCAUUGUGGAAAAUUUUUUAAAACAAUUAAAACCACAUGAAACUACUUCCAAAGAGAUUUCAUUUGAAUGGCGCACCAUAGGAUUUUGUCCACAGACGUAAAGUUAGAACCACCUCACAAACUCCAUCAUCCACUCUGGCAGUCAAAAGGUUAAUGUUAUUCUACAACCUUUCUAAUGCCUUGCAUGGAAUCAAAUGCAUAAGGUUAACGUUCAAUUCUUUUUGAUUAACUUCUUUUAAGGGUACCUGGCGUGACCAUAGCAACAGACAUAAUCUGCGGCUUCCCUACAGAAACAUGGGAAGAUUUUCAGGAAACUGUAGCAUUGGUUGAACGGUACAAGUUUCCCAGUUUAUUUAUCAAUCAGUUUUAUCCACGUCCAGGAACUCCAGCAGCACGAAUGAAAAGACUCCCGACUGAAGAGGUAAUUUAUAUCGAAGACGUUCUUCUACUUUCAAACACAUCACUCACACAGAGUUGUGUCACGAGAUGCUGGAAUUCUAACUUGCAUUUUCCUCAGAGGCAGAAUAACAGUUCGCCAUGCUGUUGUGAAAUGAUCGGCGCGUGUUGAACCGAGGAUGAAAGGGGCGAUUGAGUGGACUUGACGAAGAUUGAGGAUUCAUCUGUUGCAAACGGGCACCAUUCAAUCCCUUGUUUUUUACCCACAUCUAACUUGGUCGAACAUUGUCCAAAUAUCCAAUAGUGUUGAUAGGUAUUUCAUCAACGUGUUAGGGUGGUUUGACACGUCAUGCUACUGCCGUUCUAAGCUGCCUCGACUUCAGCACGACUGUGGCAGGACUUGGUUUCAGACGUUGAAUUUAACUCAGUCGAAUCAAAUAGCUGUUGCGGAAAACAGAACUAAAAAAUAAGAAAGCGGUUUUGGGAACUUUAGUUUAUAAAUGUAUUCUAAUGUAAUUACAAUUCAUGAAUUGAGUUCGGCGCGGCGAUAGCACGACGUUUGAAACCAAAUCGUGCCACUGCCGUGUAGCACGGCAAAGCUUUCCGUGCUACACUGCAGUGACACGACUUAGUUUCAAACAAGGUGCUACUGCCGUGCUUAAGUCGAAUAGACCACUUUCUUUAUACUAAAAUUCAUCCUUGGCUACAAGGUUAGGUGGGAUAAAACAAAAGAAAUGUGUUGUUCAUUGCUGAACGUCAAGAUGAUUUUGUUUGUUUUAACCGUCAAGCCUCGUAGCCAAGUAUGAGUUUCAAUCAAUUGAGUUUGGUAAGGCAGUAGUGCGAGGCUGGAAACAGGCCCUGGAUCCAUUUAUUGCGUUUGCUUGUGUACAGUUUAUUAGCCAUUAUUGAGCUAUCGUGAACAAUUUUUUCGGUUUGGUUUAAAGGUGAAGAGACGAACAAGAGAAGUUUCCAAAGUAUUUCAUGGAUACCACCCAUACGAUCACAAGGUAUACUUCCAUUUCGAUAGUUUCUUUAUUAUAAUCACCGUUUUUUGAAAACUAACAGAACUUGGAAUGUGACAUCAACUCAACCUGCCUGGCAAAUAUUGCUAAAGCUGAGCUUACUUUUAAGGGACAGGUUCACAGUUCAACGCAUGCGCGUUAAUGAAAAUGCUGUUUUUCUGUCGGAACAUGCUGUAUCAUCUAUGAAAGCAAUAUGAUCAUGACAUAAUGUUGUCAGAAAACCGAUCUGCACACUCUCCUGGCAGUCACUUGAUCAACUUAGGUGCAAAUAGCUGUAAGUUAAUCAACCAUGGAAUAAAACCCUCAUGGCAUAAUCCACUUAUUUUCCUGCGAUUUUAGCAAUCCUCCAUCGCACUUCAGGUUACUCUAAAAUACACUUGAAAUACACUGUGAGAUCGCUGAGAUACAUGUGAAAGGGAUUAUUAACCGAUAGAGUUAAAAAUAAAUUGGAAAAAAAGUAAUUUGAUUAAUGAGCAUGCGCUGAACCGUGAACCUGUCCCUUUCAAUACAUAAUCGUUUCCUACUUUUUUUUCCCUUAUUCUUUAUUUCGUUCUUUAAAUCGCCCCAUGUAUGAGAGUCCAGGACCGCAAUGAAUUCUAGAUUCCACUCUGUGGAUUCCGGAUUGUGUGGCAGAAAAGAGGAGUGUAUUCAGUGUUAGAGAAGCACUGUUCGUGAGCUUUUCAUUUAACGGUAACACUUCCAGGAUUUCGUCCGCAUGAUGGAAAGUUAUAACCUCCGUUUGCUGCGUAAUAAAUAGGGUCAUAGGAAAGUGCUUAUUUUCUCGUUUAAGAUAUGGUUUUGUUUGCAUCCUUUUAAAGGUUGGUGAACAACAAACAGUUCUUAUAACCGAGGAUUCAAAAGAUGGAGCUCAUUUUGUGGGUCAUAACAAGUUUUAUGAUCAAGUAAGUGAUUGGAAUCAGUGUGCAUCCGUCCUUCCUUCCUUUCUCUUGUUCUUCAAUUUAAAAUUUUGUAGACUGAAAGACAGCCAUAUUCUUGCGAUCGUAAACAAUGCAACCCCCCUCAAACGAAAAGUCUGGCGUAAGUGUGAGACGGAGAGCGGGACUCGGGAGAAUCAUGCGCCCUACGGUGCGUGUAAGUUUCUCGAGAAUCCACGCAAACGGUGCUUCGGAGCAGCGGUUCUGAUUAGCAAACUGACUAUUUAGAAGCGUAAACCUACUCAAUUAUACUAAAGAAUUUUACGUACACUGUCAAGAGACUGAUUUAUCCUGCAUGUCGUAAAUGAACGCUGUAAAAAGUGCUGUCCAGUAACUUCGAUAUGGAUAGUCGCAUUCAGAUUUUACUCAGACUUAAGAGUACGAAUUUUGUCACCAGGCGUCAGAGUGGAAAAUCGAUAAAUUUCAAGGGACUUUGUUGUGAUGGUCUUGCUGUGUUAAGUCAAUUUAAGUCAUUACUCAGUGUCUUCACCCAUAAACAAAACGCUUUUUUAGAGUUGUGAAGAAGAUAUCAACAAAUUUUAUCAGGGAGCGGAGCACUAACUGUAACAAUGUUUUUGUUGAAGAUGUUUGCUGGUAUGGCCUGAAAACAAGUUCUAAUCGGCUAUGUUCAUCCUCGUUAUCCGUAGGCAAAAAAAACGACAAGAAACGGAUUCAAUUCCUAAAUAUAGUCCUAAAUAACGAAACUAACCGUAACAUUGUUUUUGGUGUGUUCUCUUUCUUUCUUUUUUUUUUUCCUACCCGGCACUCCUUCUCCCGUAAGGAUCAGUUCACUGUUUUCAAUUUGGUAUUAAAAAUUUUACUGAUCCAGGUCUGCUAGAGAUCCGGCUGACCCUCACUAGUUUGUCGUUGUGGUUUUGCCUUCACAAGUGUUUCUGAUAUAAAUCAACAUAAGCUUGUUAUGGCGUGACAAAUUUAGCCCCAUUUUAGUUGGAUUUAAUUGACGCUGCCAUAGUUUUUCAGUUUUCCGUUUCCUUGAUCUUAUCUUUAGGUCCUUAUUCAUAAAAGUGAAGGUGAUCUCAUGGGCAAAAUGGUACAAGUGGAAAUUACUUCGGCGGGAGAACACUUUCAAAUGGCGCGAGUACUACAUGAAACAGAGGCACGUUCACCCGGCUUAGUUGAGCCGCUUCCAAAGGGGGCGGUCAGCGGGGUUAGGACUGAAAACACGCUAGUCAAGGUGGAUCAAGGACAACCGAGUCUUUGGAAUGACUGGAAGAAAGUUGCAUUAUUUAUUUUAUUGGCAGCUGUUUUAAUAGAUGUUUUAAGACUUGGAUAUUUAUGGAUUUUAGAAUAAGUUACAAUGACUCAAGUGUCUUGCACUCCUUUGGGCUUUCCUAAAAAAAUCCAAAAGAUGGAUAUUCAAGUGAUUCACGCCAGCGCUAAUAAAUGGCAUGCUCGUGUCUGCUUGGUACCUGUGAUACCUUGACUUCACAGGGGACCCCUGAAUUGCCAUCUCCAGUCUCGAUUAUUGUUUUAGCCAGCACGUGCGCGAACAUCGUUCUAUUUUAAUAGAGAUACAGAGAUACCGGCUAAUAUGUGUCUUUAAUUACCGGCGCCGAGUUUAAAAACAAAAAAAGAAGAAAGGAAGAAAAAAAGAAAAGAAAAGAGAGAAAAAAAACUGCUUCAUACUCUGUUCUCUAGUGUAGAGCGAAUGAACGAAUCAAGGAAAGACCCGGGUCCGGUUCCUGAAAGCCCGAUUAUAGCUAGCGCUAAUCUGGGAUAAAAGUUUUGUUCCAUUAUUGUAUUUUACCUUCCUUUCAUUGCUUGGAGUAACAUUUUGUGUUAUCAUUACUGUAUCUCGCAGUAAAGGUUCAACAGUAUUUUGAAAGCUUGAGUUGUAUGUUCUUAGACAAGAGAACCUUGCUUAAAAUUUGGCUUAAUCCUAAACCAUCUUUCGAGGAACCUGGCCCAGUGCAUCGAGAUGCAAUGAGCGUCAUUGAAGGGGUGGGGCCCGAAGCGAGCAACUUCUGCGGCCCGAAUGAAUUUAUUUUUUAGAUAAAUUUUUGGGUAGUUUUUCCCGCGAGACUGGAAGCUCUAUCCGUUUGUGAGCACAUUCGAAGUAUAAGGUUA